CAUUGAAGAAGAAGAAGGUCUUCGUUUUAACAUUUAUUCGGUGCCAUGGCGUCGAUUGAGGCUUGGUUCAUGGACGAUUCUGACAAAGAUCAGAGAAUGCCGCAUAAGCUAAACCCAAACGAACCUGUGUCUUUGGAGGAGUUAGAAAAGCUUGGGGUUUUCUACUGGAAGUUAGAUGCUGAUAUUUAUGAGACAGACCCUGCGCUGGAAAAGAUCCGUAAAGACAGAGGCUACUCCUACUCUGACAUAAUCACUAUCCACAAGGACAAACUACCCAACUACGAGGACAAGCUGAAGAUGUUCUUUGAGGAGCACCUCCACCUGGAUGAUGAGAUCCGCUACAUCCUGGACGGCAGGGCCUACUUUGACGUGAGGGACAGGGAGGACCGCUGGAUCCGCAUCGCCAUGACAAAGGGAGACCUGAUCACUCUGCCUGCAGGCAUCUACCACAGAUUCACUCUGACUGAGACCAACUACACUCAAGCCAUGAGACUGUUUGUGGGGGAGCCUGUAUGGAAAGCCUACAAUCGUCCAGCAGAAGAGUUUGAUAUUCGCCAGAAGUAUGUGAGCGCUCUUCAAUGCGCUUAAGACAAGAGCAACAGGUGAUACUGAAUGGAUGCACAUGUACCAGUGUCCAUAUAAUUAUAAGAUCUCUAUGACCAACCAAUCUUCUAGGAACCCAUUUAGUGGACUUGGAUAAUCAAAGACUCAUGACAAAGGCUUUUGUUGUAAUAUCAAGUAUUGAAACCCAUGCAGUGUCUACAUUGUAUGGAAUUAUUAUACUAAUUAACACCACUUUAUGUAUUUUACCAACAUUAUAUGAUUUUGUCUUUAUAUUGUAGAAUGUAUUGCACCACUCAAGGCCACAUUCUAUUUUUGUAACACUACAUCAGUGAGAAUCAAGUCUAGUAAGCUGUUUGUUACCUACAGUGAGCUAAAAUGCCAGUAAACUAUCACAUAUUAAACCACUCUUCAAUAA